ACGUAAAAACUUCAGGCUGUUGUAAUGUAGUGCAUUGGUCUAUAUAAAGCAUGAGAGUCUGAAUUAUUUCAACUGACAAAACACACAAUGAUGCUCAGAGUCGUGUUAGUGCUGCUGCUGCCUGUAGUGGCUCUUCAGUCUCCGCUGCCCUUUGACUGCGACGACGUCUACAAAUCUGGAUCAGGCCAAAACGGCGUCUACACCAUUUACCCGGCCGGACCGACCUCUGCUCUGCAAGUUUACUGCGACAUGGGAGAAGAUGCCACAGACUCUGCUGCCAAAUGGACAGUCAUUCAGAGGAGAAUGGACGGCACAUUGAAUUUCUUCAGGAAAUGGGACCAGUACAAGACAGGGUUUGGAUCUGCUGGUGGCGAGUACUGGCUCGGUUUGGAGGCGAUGCAUUUAAUGACAAAGGGAAAAGCCUAUGAACUGAGAGUGGACAUGGAGGACUUCGACGGGACCGCGGUUUAUGCAUGUUACUCCUCUUUCGCUGUUGGACCAGAGUCGGACGGAUACAGGCUCAGUGUGGGGACAUUUGUCAAAGGAGCGGCAGGAGACUCACUAACGAUCCACAACAACCAAAAAUUCACCACUUUCGACAAAGACCAGGACACGCAUGGCUCCAACUGCGCAGUGCUCUGCUAUGGGGGGUUCUGGUUUGAAGCAUGUUUUGCAGCCAAUCCAAAUGGAGUGUACACGUGGGGACCCUCACCGCGCUACGCCGGCGUUCACUGGAGUACUUUUAAAGGACUUGAAUACUCCCUCAAAACUCUGGUUAUGAAGAUACGGCCAGUAACGGCAUAAAGUUUAACAAAGAGUAUUUCAGUGUUGCUUGUUCAUGUACUGCUGAGAUUCAGACAUCACAGCUCACACUCUGGUCCUUCAAAACGUGUACAGUAUAUAAUGUGAAGAAUCUCUAAUUAAUUAAAGUAUUGAAUUUUUUCUGUUGCAUGUGUAGCACUUUGUGCUACAUUUCAAAUGUAUGAAAAGUGCUAUACAAAUAAAGUUUGAUUGAUUGAUUGACUGAUAAAAUCCGGACUAUUGAGCACACCUGAAUAUAAGCCGCAUCAACUAAAUUUUAACAAAAUUUUAAACUUAGGCCGCACCUGAAUCUAAGCUGCAGGUGUCCACGUCUUCAAGAACGUUUUCAAGUUCGGGUCGUGUGCUUUUAUUGCCCCUGAAAUCUUUUGUCGUCUUUUUGGGUUGAGUCAGGUCGUCGCGCUGCCGUCGACAACGUCUCACCGUCGACUCACUGACACCGAGUUCACGUGCA